AUGCUGUUUACAACUUUAAUUAACACCAAUUCAUUUUAUUUAUACAUCCAUCUAUGCAUUCCCAAUAUUGUUGCAGGUGCAGAGGAAGGAAUAUUGCAAAGAAAGAGACCGCUAGAGGAAUAUGAAGAAGAACAAAGAAAGAGAACAAAAGAUCAUAGAUGGGACCAGGCAUUUAGAAUGGAUUUCAAAGAUCCAGUUGAUUUUGUGCAGUAUCUAGAGGAACAUAUUCAGGAUGGUUUCAAAAAGUAUAAAACUCAUUACAAUUACAUUGCCUUGGUUCAAAGUUCUGGUUAUGGAAAGACUCGAGCUGUUGGGGAAUUAUCAAAAAAAGGCUAUUGGAUAAUCUUAUUUUGUUUUCGUGGAAUUGGGUCAUCAGGGUUCCCUUUAGAAACACCAAAAUCUGGUGAAUUUCUUAAAGAACUGAAAGAAUGUCGUAGUGUUGAUGAGGCUGCAAAUAUAUGUUUGUACUGGAUUGGUGCUGCAGUGCAAAUUAUAGCUAAGGAAAAAUAUAUGCCUGAACAACUUUGGGAGAUGCAAAUGAUACAGAAAGAUAAGCUUUAUAGUUUUUGGAAUGAAAUUGCACAAAUAAGAAAGUCAUUUAAAGGAAGUACUGAUGAAGUCAUUAACAAUACAAAGAAAUUAUGCGAGGAACAACUUAGUGGGAAAGUGUUAUGCUUGUUUGACGAAGCAUCAGCUUUGUUUGAUGGAAAUGUUAAUAUAGAUGAAUCCAGCAACCUUCCAUAUAGAGGAUGUAGAAGAGCAUUGGCAUAUAUCAGCUCUAUAUUUGGUAUAAUGACUGACACAAACUCAAGUGUUGCAAAUUUGGUUCCCCAAGCCAAAGAUGACAAAUCAUCUAGAAUUAUUAAAGACACAAAUAUGAGUCUGCUAGAUCCUUUUAUCCAUGUGGCAACAACAGAUAUAUUCAGCAAAUCUGGUUCCUUACCUCAAGAAAUCCAAGAAUUACAAGGACAGCAAGGUUUUGAUAUUUGCCAGUUUGGACGUCCUCUUUGGAUAGCCUACAUAGUAGCAAACAAAAAUGUGAAAGGAACUAUAUUGUUUGCCCAAAGCAAACUGCUUGGUGGAAUGGACCCAUCAGUACUGAUCUCAAAUGACAAUGAUAUGGGGAAAAAUCAUGCAAAGCGGAAGAUUGUCUUGUCACACUUUGGAUGUACUGCUGGUCUUCACCUUUGUCCUAAAAUGGAACUACCUUCCCAGUUGGCUGGCAACCAUAUGGCAACAAUAGUGGCCAUCAAUGAAGAUAGAACAGAGCUACUAGCUUGUUAUCCAUCUGAACCAAUCCUUGCUGAAGCAGCCAUGAAAAUUUUAAGUGUAGACAAUUACCGAAUAAAGGCAAUAGAAAUUUUAAACAGUAUUAUUUGGGAAGGAUGUAUUGUGGAUGCUGGUGACAGAGGUGAGCUUGGGAUGAGAAUUGUAUUGUUGACUGCUUGGAUGCAUACAAAACCAUUAGAUUUUUAUUCUCGACGGAUUAAUGUCUUGGAUUUUCUGCAAGCCCUUUUUCCACAAUCAAACAUUAAUACUUGCACUAUGUGGGAAGAUUAUGAAGUAGGAUUCACUCACUUUAUUCCAAUAACAUAUCAACCAAACAUGGACACUAUUAAAAAAGCUUGGGGGCAGUAUGGAGCAAUAAUCCUAAAACGUUGUCAACAAGGUGGAGAUCUUAUGUUAAUUGUCCAGAAUAAAAAAACAAGCAACUUUGGAUGUAUUGUUGUUCAGAUAAAAAACUGGGCAAGAAGACAAACCAACUUUGAUGAUGAAGUGGGUAGACAACUGGAAGCAACUCAUGUUUUUAGUGAGGAAUUAGGAAAACACAUUGGUAAAGAGCUUUAUUUGGGCAUUUAUGUCCACCUUGGAGAGGCAUAUACAGAUGAUUCAAGCUUUACAUUAUAUGAUUAUAGCAAAACUGGAAAUAGAUGGAAGCUCCAAAAAACUGAUGGGGAUAAAGCAACUUUUAAUAGAAUAGUGGUUCUGGGGUUGUCAAAUUUUUAUAGAAAUAAUGAUAGUGAGGAGUUAAAAACAAUGAAGUCUCUUGUACGAGCAUGGGAUAAUCCAUUGCAAUGGAAUGAACAAUCUUUUGAUAAUAAGAGAAAAGCAUUAGUUUCAUCUAUGAUACCAUUGUAUUACAAUUGA